GAAGUGUCUUUCUCUAACCCCUUGGCUCAUGUAGGCUUAAAAUAAAUCUCCAUCGGGUACUGCUCCUUGAAUCAUGACUUUGGGAGAAUCGAGACACUAGACAUAAACACACAAUAGAGUUAAGUCCUUCUGACUUCUACGAGUGCACUAGUGGCCAUCUAUGACCAACAAGAAAGCCAAAGGGUCGUGGUUUUUUCGAUCAUGAACAGAUGCGCUUUUACGCACUCCGUCCCCAGCUCUCACACUCCGCGCGCUUUUUACGCACACUGGAUAUUUGACUCCUCGGUACUCGGCACCAUGUCAAACGUCAGAAACCCGCGUUAUUCUAUAGGAAGAGGCUGUGUGUCAUUCAUAUUGGGCUGCUAAGAGGGCCAGUUUGUUUCUCGUCGCGGGAGAUGGAAUGACAACUUGUUAAGGGUUUCAGUGGGGUUUCCGUAGACUUUCUCUCCACAUUCCUUUAGAUCUGUCAAGACGGAUUUAUAACUUCAGGAUUUACUACACAAUAUUCCGUUUCUGCGGAUAUCUCUGCCAGGGAUAAAUCAAAUAUAUAAUGGCUUUAUCAUUCCUCUACGCGCUGUGCAUGUGGAUGAGUUUAGUGUGUUGUUCGCUGGGAACAGGGUUUGUUUAUCGCUUUCCAGGCAUCACUGUGCAGCGGCAGAGGAUCAAAUCGGAGCAGAGCAGCAACACAGGACCACCAGGAACCGGGUCCGGCACCCUACUCAGGAAUUGGUGUCAGUACACUGUUUCCAAAACAGUAACCUGUCAGGUGCACAAUGGGACCGAAACCUCAGUGCAGAGAGUGUUUCAGGGCUGCAGAUGGCCUGGACCCUGCCCCAAAGUCAUCAGCUACAGGACCCUGAUCAGACCGUCCUUCAAGGUGGCCUACAAGCAGGUGACUGCGCUGGAGUGGAGAUGCUGCCCUGGGUUUGUGGGAGAAGAGUGUCGUGAGGAGUGUUUGAACUGUACCAGCUUCACUGACAUGAACAGCAGAAUUCAAACUAUUGAAUCAAAGAUCAAGCUGCUAGAAGAGGGACGAUCAAUCCUGUCUACUGUCAACAGAUUACUGCAGGGCUCGACUGAGAACGAGGUGGAUGCACCCAAACCCACCCCUAUUGGACUGCCACCAUACCUGCCACAAGGAAGUAGAGGGCCUCCAGGACCCAUCGGACCACCAGGGCCUCCAGGUUCUGCAGGGCCCCAUGGUCUGGCUGGACGUGCAGGCCUACCUGGACCCUCAGGACCAAAGGGUGGUAGAGGUCUACCAGGAGAAGCAGGUCUCCCCGGCCCUCCUGGUCCACCUGGUCCUCCAGGACCAAGUUCCUUUCCAGUCAGAGAGCGGGGUGACGUUUUUCACGUGGACAAUCAAGAGGAGUUCCUUGUCCGUCCAGCUCUUCCUGCUCCUGAGAUUGUUGCAGGACCUCCUGGUCCACCUGGUCUAGCUGGUCCUGUUGGCCCCUCAGGACUGCAAGGACCUGCAGGGAUACCAGGCUUGCCAGGACAAGAUGGCAAGGAAGGCCUCCAGGGCAAGCCUGGGGAUCUUGGGCGUAAAGGAGAUCCAGGGGAAAAGGGGUCUCCAGGUGUAGCAGGCCAGCAGGGUCUACCUGGAGCGCCAGGGCCAAAAGGAGAGCCGGGAGAGGGCUUGAAUGAGGGCGAGGCCGUGCAGCAGCUCAGGGAGGCACUGAAGAUCCUGGCUGAGAGGGUCCUGAUCCUGGAGCACAUGAUCGGCAUUCAUGACAACUCUGAAGGAUCUGGAUUUGGUGGCAUCUCAGACCCCCUGCCUUUCUCUGCUUUGAAGAUUAAGCGCCUUCAGCCUGUUCAGACCCUUCCUCUAAUACCAGCACUCGAGGAGAGACAGAGACGAGCUUCUCUUUGAGAGUAUAGUCUGAUUUUGUAUGUAUUGUGUAUAAUUGUGCCGGAUGUGGCAGAUUUCACUUGACUAGACGUACAAUAUUUGUUUAUAUCAUGUGUCUCUUACUUAUGGUAGUACAAUUUAUUUUCUCAUUAUUGAAUUUUGUAUCUUUUAUAAGUAAGACUAAAACUUAGGCUCUUUGCAGACAUGAGAUGUUGAGCAUUUCAUCCACCUGAGAAGAUUGUUUGACCCUGUUGAUCCUAUUUGACUUUAGCAACAGCACUUGUAAAAUGUUGCACAAUGAAAUAUAGGCUCAUAAAGUGUCAUGAGGC